UACAAACGAAACGAACACUUUUCUCUGUAUCUCAUUACUAAAUUACCCUCUCUACACUUCUCUGUUUUCUUCUUUUUGGCCAAUUCCUUCUUCAAAGCCAUUACUGUAUUGUUUUGGAGUAUUGAUCGCUAUAAAUUCUUAGAUUGGGAAGAGAGCAACAAUUCGUUGAUCUUCUUUUUCUUUUUAUUAUUAUCAUCUUUUUUUUUUUUCUAGUGGAGAAACCGAUGUUUAAAGGUUCUUCCUUUCUCUGAUUUUUCAGAAGCUGAUUUUUUUUGGUUAAGAUUGGCCCUUUGAGUUGGAGCUUUUCAAUUCAACUCAAAUGUUCAAAAUUUUAAUCUGGGUAUUGGGUGAAAGAAGCUGAGGAGUGUUGGGAAGGGCACAUGAAUAUAUAAAGAUUGUUGGUCUGAUUUUUAGCAGUGAAAAAGGGUGGGCUUGAUUCUAGUUUUUGGAUGAGAAGGGGGGUUUAGAGCCCCCUUAAUUGACCUUUUCAACUUUUGGGUCUUUUUAUUAUCUAUUUCUUCAUUCAAAUAUUGGGUUUUAAGCAUUUGAGCUUUCUGCCUUCGAUUUGGUCUUGAUGGAGUAUUUAGUGGCUUUGGAUGCGGUCUCUUGUUGAUGGUGUUGUGAAGUUUUAGAGGGUGGCACUGUUGUUGUUGUUUUUUUUUUUUUAAUUUUUUUUUUCUGUAUGAGGAUGUUAAAACAUAUUCUCACUAAGCUUCAUCGGAAGACUAAGAGCGACGAAAAACGAGAACAUGGUGGAACCAAUGCUACUUAUGUUUCUUCUACCACUUCAAGAAGCAUUGAUUUAGACACUAACAAGUCUAGAAGUUCAGUUAUAUCUUUCCCUGGUGGUAACAAUUAUGCCUCUUCAGAAGUGGGACAAAAUCAUGGUAACAAAAAUGGUAGAGUUGCAGUGUCUUCUUCUAUUGAAUCAUUACCUGCAUUAAGGGAUGUUCCAACCAUUGAGAGGGAAAGCUUACUGAUAAAGAAGUUGAAUUUGUGUUGUGUUGUAUAUGAUUUCACUGACCCAACCAAGCACCUCAAAGAGAAAGAGAUCAAACAUCAUACAUUGUUGGAGCUAGUGGAUUACUUGACUUCUGCAAAUGUUAACUUUUCUGGAACUGUUAUGCAAGAGGGUGUUAAAAUGGUAUCCACAAAUUUAUUUAGAAUCUUUCCUCCACAACUGCGCGAGAGCAAAGUUGCAGAAGGCUUUGAUUUGGAAGAUGAUGAACCUUCCAUGGAUCCAGCAUGGUCUCACUUGCAAUUUGUGUAUGAGUUUUUUGUAAGGUUUGUUGCACCAUCUGAUAUUGAUGCAAAACAAGCUAAAAAAUAUGUUGAUCACUCUUUUAUUCUCCACUUGCUUGAGCUUUUCGACUCUGAAGAUCCUAGAGAAAGGGAGUAUCUGAAAACCAUUCUUCACCGAAUUUAUGGUAAGUUUAUGGUGCAUCGUCCAUUCAUCAGGAAAGCCAUCAACAACAUUUUUUAUCGCUUCAUUUUUGAGACAGAGAAGCAUAAUGGUAUUACUGAACUUUUAGAAGUUUUGGGCAGUAUUAUAAAUGGUUUUGCUCUACCAUUGAAAGAAGAACACAAGUUGUUUCUUUUCCGGGCCCUUAUUCCUUUGCACAAACCAAAAUGCUUUGCACUGUACAACCAACAAUUAUCUUACUGCCUCGCACAAUUUGUGGAAAAGGAUUGCAAGCUUGCUGAUGCAGUCAUAAGGGGCAUUUUGAAGUGCUGGCCAAUCACCAAUAGUUCCAAGGAAGUGAUGUUCUUAGGUGAAUUGGAGGAAGUUUUAGAAUUAACCCGGUCGCCCGAAUUCCAGCGUUGCAUGAUCCCCUUGUUUCGCCAGAUUGCUCGCUGUUUAAACAGUUCUCACUUUCAGGUUGCAGAGAGAGCAUUGUUUUUGUGUAACAGCGAUCACAUUGAGAACUUGAUCAAACAAAAUCACAAUGUCAUUCUACCAAUAAUCUUCCCUGCCUUGGAAAAUAAUGCUAGAAAUCAUUGGAACCAAGCUGUUCAUAGCUCGACCUUAAAUGUGCGCAAGAUUUUCCAUGAUCUUGAUCCCAAGUUGUUCAAAGAGUGCUUGCUCAAGUUUCAGGAAGAUAAGUCAAAGGAACAUGAGAUUAAAGCAAGACACGAAGCCACUUGGCAACGGUUAGAAGAGCUCGCUGUGAAGAACUUCACAAGCAACGAAGUAGUGCUCGUUUCACGCGAAGCUUCUCAUGCUGCAGCUUCAUUUUAGCUGCAGCAAGUGGACAGUUUGAAUGACCUGCAAUUUUUUUCAGUUGAGAUGAGAUUGGUAAAGAAACCGGUGAGUGGUGAAUGGUUCAAAUGGUUGAAUGUUGUAAUCAUUUAUUUACUCUCACCUGCUUCGAAAGAUUAAACAUACAGCAAAUCAUAUCUAUUCUAUUGGGAAGGGUUUUGGUCAAUAGCUGCUCAGAAUGUCCCAAGAAGCACUUUGUUUUGUUUAUCCUUGUUUUUUUCAGACUUAAUACAAAGCACAUUUUUUUGACUGAAA